CUCUCUCUCUCUCUCUCUCUCUCUCUCUCUCUCUCUCUCUCUCUCUCUCUCUCUCUCUCUCUCUCUCUCUCUCUCUCUCUCUCUCUCUCUCUCGUUCCAUCUCUCUCUCUGUCGUUCCCUAUCCCUCUUCGACAUCGACCCAACAUCACGACCCACUCCGGCCAUCCACCCACGUCCCCGACCCACUCCGGCCAUCCACCCACGACCCCGACCCAACCACGAACCACCACGGACCACCACGACCAGUGACCAGUGACCACCACCACGACCCAGUGACCACCACGAACCACCACGAACCACCACGGACCACCACAAAACGUCACCACCACCACCACCCGUGAUCGUCGACACCGAACAGAGGCCAUCGCCACCACGAGCAGUACCUGUCGCCACCACCACCCGUGAUCAUUAAAAGAUGGCUCCCAGACUCAUUAUUCCAGCACCCGAGCAUUUCACUGGCCGCGUCACAUAUAGGGGCACUGGAAUUUUUGCAAAAAUUAAAGCUCGGUUUGAGGAGUUCAACCUUAAUAACACGGCGAAGGAAAGCCGUUUCGGGAGCUUCUGGAAUGCCGUACCACUGACAUUCUCCUCGGUGUUAUUUCACCAGCUGAUGCUCCACAAAAUGAAAGUGGAUGCUCAGGAGGAGUUGAGGAUGAGGUUUUAUGUUGGUCGGAAGGAGGUCCGAUUCGGGGUGCUGGAGUUUGCACUCAUUACGGGUUUGGACUUCUCCUCGGGGCCAACAGAAGAGGAGAAGGCUGCGCAGGUCGCGCGCUCGGGGUCAGACCGAUUGAUCAACAAAUAUUUCAACCGGUUCGAUAGUGUGAAGACAGAAUCACUCCAACUUCAGUUCACAAACUGCCAGAACCCGGAAGACUUGUACAAGCUCGGCUUGUGCUUGUUUGUGGAGUCAGUGCUUCUGGGCCGCGAGGCCAACGCGCUGAUCACGCCUCACAUACUUAGAUAUGUGGAAGACCUCGAGUUCUUCUUCCGGAUUCCUUGGUGGAAGCACUCAUUCGCCAGACUCAUGCACUCGCUUCAGAAAGACAUGUUGAAACAGAAGGCCAACUACGAGAAGAAGCUGAGUUCGGAUGUUCAGCACGAGUGCAAAUACACAGCAUAUGGCUUCGCACCUGCAAUCCAAUAUUGGGCGUACGAGGCCAUUUUGGAGGUUGGCAAGAGGUAUGGCGCGAACCACGGGAUUCGGUUCCCCAGGAUGCUUAGCUGGACGAGCAAAGGCGAUAUUGGGAAGAAAGACGUCAGCGCAUUAUUUUCUAGACGGAAUCUGGAAGUGGUGAAGGGGCUACUUCCACGGACAGAGGAGGAGGCAUUUGUGAGGACAAUAUCUUACGAUGGUGUGGAGAACCUGGUUGAUGAUGUUGUGGAUGACACAGAGGCUGAGGCAGGUAGUCAGGUACCAGAGACUCAGGUCCCAGACACUCAGGAAAGAGACACUCAGGCCACUGGUUCAGAACCUCAACCCAGUGCACCAUCUUCAUCAGGCGUUCGGGGUGCCGAGUACACUGAUUUAGUGGCUCGGUUGGAUAGGAUCGAGGCUGACACUCAGGGUCUGUAUGCUGCUCAUGUCGAGCUGAAGAAGGCAUACGAGACCAGCCAUGUAGAGCUGAAGGGUGGUCAGAACGUAAUUAUGGAGCAGCUCAGACACAUAUUGGCCAUGUUGAAUCGUCCGCCAACGACGGCUUCGCAUAUAGAUGCAGCAAUGCAUAUGCUGAGGAGGCGACGCACCGACUAUCCACUGACAUUUCCUCAGAAGGGUAUCAUUCUCUCCACAUUCGUGACCGCCAUGAUCAGCAGUGCAUGGACGAGCCACAAGGGUCCGAGGAAAAACUUUAAAUGGGAGGAUUAUAUCCUGGACUACUGCACAGGGGCUCAUAAGCGUCUGUCAUUGGACCGCCAUGGAACCCAUCAUGAAGGUUUGGGCAGAACUGCUGCCCUCGCUAAUCCUUGCAACCAGGGAAUUUUCACAUAA